CCAAAAUCCAGUGGAUCCUCUCGCACUCCUCUACCGUCGACUUCACUGCCUGUACUUUAAUCUCUUUCAUUUCUCUCUCUCGAAUAAAAAAAAAUAAAAUAAGGAACUCUCUCCCUUUCUUUUAAACUAUAUUUUUUUUCUCAUUAAUUAAAAAGAAAAAAGAAAUUAGGGUUUUCUUCAAAAUUCUGAAAAAUAUGGAUAAAAUCAGAAGACCAUCUCAUGCCGGCUCUUGGUACACCGACAACCCUAAAAAGCUUGAAGAAGAGCUUGAGGGAUGGCUAGGUGCUACUGGAUUAACGAAAUCUCCUGAUGUUCGCGGUGUUAUUGCUCCACAUGCAGGUUACUCUUAUUCGGGCCGUGCUGCUGCUUAUGCUUUUGGAAAUAUUGACCCUACAAACAUCACACGGGUAUUCCUUCUUGGUCCGUCACACCAUUACUAUACACCAAAAUGUGCUCUUUCAACGGCUACAGUUUACAAAACGCCCAUAGGGGACUUGCCUAUUGAUUUGGAAGUCAUUGAGGAACUUAAAGCCACAGGAAAAUUUGAGUUGAUGGAUCUUCAGGUUGACGAGGCUGAACAUAGCAUGGAAAUGCACUUGCCGUAUCUUGUUAAAAUAUUUGAAGGGCACCCAGUGAAAGUUGUACCCAUUUUGGUUGGAGCUCUUAAUACUGAUAAUGAGGCCAUGUAUGGCCGCUUGUUGGCAAAAUAUGUUGAUGAUCCAACUAACUUCUUUUCUGUCUCUUCAGAUUUUUGUCACUGGGGUUCUCGGUUCCAUUACACACACUAUGACAAGAAAUGUGGGCCCAUACACAAGUCUAUUGAGGCACUGGACAAGAUGGGCAUGGACAUAAUUGAAACAGGGAAUGCAGAUGCAUUUAAACAAUACUUGUCGGAGUAUGACAACACUAUCUGUGGAAGGCAUCCAAUUAGUGUUUUCUUGCAUAUGUCGAGUAAUUGCUCGACAAAGAUAAAGAUCAAGUUCCUCCGGUAUGAGCAGUCUAGUCAAUGCAAAACAAUGAGAGACAGCAGUGUCAGCUAUGCAUCUGCAGCGGCGAAGGUGGAUGCUUGAAGUUGGGAUAUGUAGCAUUUCCAAUUUACUUGUGUGGAGGCAAUUGACUUGAAUCUGGAAUAUUGAGCAUUUCAAAUUUACUCGUGUGGAAGCAAUUAACAAUUUAAACUUCUUUGAAUUGAAUGUGUUGUCUAAAUUUGAACUUGCAUUUGCAAGAAUCCAUCUUGCUAUGCAUUCCCUGUUUAUAGAGUGAAGUUAACAGUGAA